UUCCGCUGGUUUGCGUUGACGUAGUCAGUUUCACACAGAACUCGGCUGAUUUUAGGAGUGAACACCGGGGUUGAGACUGCUAGAGAAUGGUGGCCCUCCGCAGGGACACGUGAGACAGUCGAAUUCAGGACGGUUGAAAUCGAUGCGGCUCCGCUUCAGACGGUCCAGAUGACAGACCUACCGGCCGGCCAAAUGAUCGCUUUUCCGCCGAGGCUCUGAACGUCUUCAGCUGCUAUCCGGUUACAUUUUUGGGGGACGGACGUGAGAGAGCCCCCGAGACGGACAUUCACACGCCAAGAGGAAGUCUUGAAAGACCGCAGGCUCUUAAAGAGGCCUCAGCACUUAAAGCCACGGAAAAAUCAUCGAAAAAUCGCUGCUUUUGUCGCAUCUCUGUGGAUUAAUAGUGAGUGUGGCAUUUUUCAAACGGGCACCUCCCUACAACCGAAGCAACAGCGCUGCAAAUCGAGCUUUGACCUUUUCGUCUAGUACUGAAAGUUUUCAGUACUGUCAUUUAAUCAGCUGAACAGUGGCCCGUAUCGGCUGGAAAUACAUUUUAUUAACACUGACUUUAUGCCCAGCAGCGUGAUAACUUUAUACACGUGUUCUGUUCACUUCUAAAUUUGACAUUCCCAACAAGAAAUCUUUAAAAAAAAAAAGCCCAUUUAUUUUCCUUUUGACAUACCCAUAUAAAACUCUUUUUUUUUCUUUUUUUUGGAGGGAAGUAACCAUUUAUGAACAGUUUGCAAAAUGGGGAAGAUGCUGUCAAAGAUAUUUGGCAACAAGGAGAUGAGAAUAUUGAUGCUCGGUCUGGAUGCCGCAGGGAAAACCACCAUCCUUUAUAAGUUGAAACUCGGCCAGUCCGUGACCACCAUCCCAACUGUCGGAUUCAACGUGGAGACGGUCACCUACAAAAACGUCAAGUUCAACGUGUGGGAUGUGGGCGGACAAGAUAAAAUCCGUCCCCUCUGGCGACAUUACUACACGGGCACGCAGGGGUUAAUUUUUGUGGUGGAUUGUGCAGAUAGAGAUCGCAUAGACGAGGCCAGGCAGGAACUCCACCGCAUCAUCAACGACCGCGAGAUGCGGGACGCCAUCAUUUUGAUUUUCGCCAACAAGCAAGACCUGCCGGACGCCAUGAAGCCGCACGAGAUCCAGGAGAAGCUGGGACUGACACGCAUCCGAGAUAGGAAUUGGUACGUGCAGCCCUCAUGUGCGACCACCGGAGAUGGACUGUACGAAGGCUUAACUUGGUUAACAUCUAACUACAAGUCUUAAUGAUACUGGCACUGACUGUUUAGGACAAAUGAACUCAAUAUGGGGAAAAUCAGAUGACCUCACCCAAUAUUUGUGCUGUUUUGAUUUAGAGUUAACAUUUAUUUUUGGUUAGUUUUCAAAUGACCCUUUUUUUGAAAUAACGUAAUGGGUUUGGCUUGCUUUUAGUUUCCUGUCUACUGUGACACAGCCGUGUCACACACCUCGGACUACUGCUUAACAUGAUAAAGCAUUCCUGAAUGAAGAUUAUCUAUUUUUUUGUUUGA